CUCAAAACCGUGAGUCCCUUCUGUUCCCUGCUGACAGUGCUCAUGCAAGCAACGCAACGACCCUCGUUAUAAUUAACGACGCACUGCGACGCAGGACAGUCACUGAACUGAACGCUCAAGCAGAAACCGUGAACUUGCAUUGAUUAUGGUCGCGUCGCGAGCGGUGUAGACUGGGUGUGACGCGCUGUUGAUGUGGAAGUCACGCGCGUCAAAUAGUGAGUCUGAGUCCGUGUUUCCAUCAUCUGACACCUGUGGCGUUUCUCCAUCGUGUCCUUCAACAUUUAUAAAUGGAUGUUUGAUUGUAUUUGUUUCCAUCGUCCGCGUCACAUCCCGUUGCGUUGUAAUUUCUCAACGUGUUUGCACGAGAACCCGAUGUUUGAAGAUGGACAACGAAAAGAUUAACCAUUAAAAGGGCCCUUUGAAAGGCUCUUUAGGACACAGAUUAAAGUCCAGGUUGAUCUGCAGUUUUAUGGAUGCUAAAUGAAGAAGAGGACAGCAUUUCAGAGAUUCAUGAGCCGAAGCAAACAGGGUCAUCAUGGGAUGCGGCACAUCCAUCGCCAUUGAGAACCAGACACGGCCCUCAGAGACGGAUGGCUCCAUCAAGCAACCCAGCCCAGCUCUGACAAUAAAAGCUGCCAUAUUGAUUCAGCGUUGGUACAGACGCUAUGUCGCUCGCCUGGAGAUGAGAAGACGCUAUACAUGGAACAUCUUUCAGUCCAUUGAGUAUGCAGGGGAACAGGACCAGCUGCAGCUCUCUAGUUUCUUCAGUUUCAUGUUGGACAACUUCACACAGUUGAAUGGAAAUGGACCAGACUUGAUCUCUCACCUUCUGGACUCUGUGGUUGACCCUUUAACUGAGGAGGUCAGACAGUUGAAGUACGAGCAGAUUGGAGUGCCGGAGUCCUACAGCGGCCCUCGUCUCUGCUUCCCGCUGAGCGUGACUGAUACCAAUGCCCUGCUCAGUGCCUUUAAAGAGGAGCAGACUCUCCAUGGGAAAUAUGUGCUGCAGCUUCUACACGAAACAAAGAAGUUCUUAAAACAGAUGCCAAACGUCAUAUACCUGUUGACUUCCUAUGCCAAAGAGAUCACUAUCUGCGGCGAUUUGCAUGGUAGUCUGGAUGACUUGCUGCUUAUAUUUUACAAGAAUGGUCUGCCCUCUGCGGAGAACCCCUACAUAUUCAAUGGAGACUUUGUGGAUCGAGGGAAGAAAUCUAUAGAGAUCAUCAUCAUUCUGUUUGCCUUCCUGCUCCUCUACCCAGACCAUAUGCACCUGAACAGAGGAAACCAUGAAGACCAUAUCAUGAACCUCAGAUAUGGAUUCACAAGAGAAGUCAUGCAGAAGUAUAAGGCUCAUGGCAGGGAAAUCCUACAGCUUGUACAGGACGUGUUCAGCUUGCUUCCUCUAGCAACUGUUAUCGACAACAAAGUCCUUAUUGUUCAUGGUGGCAUAUCGGACAAGACUGACCUGGAUUUCCUGAGCACUGCUGAAAGACAUAAAGUGAAGUCUGCUCUCAGGUUGCCCAAACGCAGCGUGGAUCACCUCAACGUUCACGCCUGCAGUCGCAGCAGCAGCAGACAGAGCGGCCGAUCCAGAACGGACAGUCCGUGUUCAAAUGGGCGAAGGAGUCGCGCCUCCCGCAGGAGGAAAAACCACCUCACCAAACGGGGCAGCUGCUCCACGUCUUCGUCCUCCUCCUCUUCCUCUUCAUCGUCCAUGCGCUCCCCCCGGGUCUCGUCGCGAAACACUCCACGUCGGCCUCCACCCUCGCCCAGUCUGCCGAGCCCUUCGGACGUCCUCCAGGUGCCCUUCCUGGACUCCAUCGUCUCCCUGGAGCCGCCCGAGCCGCCCAGAGAGGAACUGGAAUGGAAGCAAAUUGUGGAUAUCCUGUGGAGUGACCCUAAAAAUCAGAAUGGCUGCAGUCCGAACUCCUUCCGCGGUGGAGGCUGUUACUUCGGGCCGGACGUGACUCAGAGUCUGCUGCAGAAACACGGCCUCUGUCUCCUCAUCAGAUCACAUGAGUGUAAACAGGAGGGUUAUGAGCUCUGCCACAAUGGACAGGUUAUCACUAUUUUCUCUGCAUCUAACUAUUAUGAAGAGGGCAGUAACCGUGGAGCGUACAUCAAACUGGGGCCUGAACUGGUCCCGCGCUUCUUCCAGUAUCAAGUCAGUCGCAGCACCAGAAAACUCACCCUCCAUCAGAAGGUUCGUGCAGCUGAGGGUUCGGCUCUGCGAGCUCUGAAGGAGAAGCUGUACGCUCACCGAUCUGAGCUGAUGACUGCCUUUCAACAGUAUGACAUAGACAACACAGGCUGUAUCUCCACUAGUGAGUGGGCACAGGUGGUGGAGUCCAUCCUGAGGUUGGAUCUGCCGUGGAGAACCCUGCGCCCCCGCCUCGCUCGUCUUAGUCCUGAUGGUAAUGUGGAGUAUGAAUCGUGCUUCGAGGACAUCGGCCCUGGAGAGCCUAUCCCGCCGGUGACUGCAAACUUGGCUGAAACUCUUUAUAGGUAUAGAACUGACCUUGAGAUAAUAUUUAAUAUCAUCGAUAAGGAUCAUUCAGGUCAGAUCUCCAUCGAGGAGUUUCGUCAGACUUGGAAGCUGUUCAGUUCUCAUUUGGGAGUGGCUGUGAAUGACCAGACGAUAGACGACAUGGCUCGGAGCAUUGACUUCAACAAAGAUGGCAGCAUUGAUUUUAAUGAGUUCCUGGAGGCUUUCAGGGUGGUGCAUAAACUGGAUGUCAAAGAGCAGCAGCAGGGCUAAUGCUGGAUGAACAGAUUUGCAAAUGAUUUUUGUCACUUCAUCUUUAUUUGUAUUUAUUUUUUUAAUCGCAAAGCAUUAUGGACACAAUAAUACUUGUAGCAUCAUUUUCCAGGAUUUGCAUCUUUUGAAAAGACUCCUCUCUCUUUAGUGUUCAGUUUGCCUGAGUGAUCUUUACCACAGCCUGACACUCUCAGGAUUUCAACAGCCUCUUUUAUACGGUGAAACGUGCUCAAUAAUGUUGGACUGGAGCGGUGCACUGCGGUGUGUGAUUUUUGACCCAGCUCUGGACGCUAAUUCCAGGCAUUGAUGAUAAAAUCUGCAGUGGCUUCAGGCAUUUGGAAAAUAAUCGUAUGUUUUCCAGAUACAUGGUUACCAUACUAAUUGCGCGGCUGAAGACCUGCAUAAUGGAUGAAUGGGGGUCAAUUCUGUUUGCUAAUCUUAACAGACUUGUGUCUUCAGUGUCCAGAUGCUUAAUAAGUGUUAUUUGAAGAAAUAGUUAUGUUACACAGUGGUAAACACUCAACUGUCCCAACUUUUUUGGAGUGUGUUGCAAUCAUGUUAUUUGAAAUGAGUGUAUAUUUAAAAAAAUAAAAUAAAUAAUAAUAAUUAAAUUCAAAAGGUAAAA